CCUUCCACAAGGAUUUAUGCGGGUGAUUUAACAGAGAUAUAUUGCGAAGAAUGCCAUGUCGGUCUCAGAUCCUCUCAUCAAAGAGCUGAAAGGAUGGACUCGAAAGCUGUUAGAACACGCUAACGAAAUUAACGACGAAAACCAGGACUUGUAUCACUUUUGUAAAUGCUUAGAGAAUUGUCUGCAACAGGGUUUACUGCCUGUUUUUGAUAACAUUGGAUAUCUGAAUCUAGCCUAUGCGUGGAAGUGGUUAGAAUACAUUGCUGGGAAAAAAUACAACUCGUAUAAUACAUUCUCUUUGGCGGCGGAGCAAGUGAGACAAAAUUCAAAAGUGCAUACAUCUGCUGGACGACUUCGUCUUUUAAUAAGAAUAUGUCUGGUGCGAAGAUGCUUUCACAUGCCAGUGGAAAUAUUGACCAAAAUACCAACUUUAGCCACCCAGUUUUACGACUUCAAAAGUAUCCUGGGAGAUGACAUUCUACGAGAAAUACUACUGUCUGUACUAUUGCAGUGCAGUAAACUUAAUUUUAAAUUAAACUUGAGAAACGCAGCUUUCUUGGAUGACACCUGGCAGCUGCCAAGAUACAGAGUUUUCGAACUAGUUCCUUGCAAAAACUUAGGCAUUUCCGUGUGUUUCACCAACGACAAAGCAUUAAUCGUCAAUGUCGACGAGAGAUCGGUAGCAGCUGAAGAUAACAAAGUCGAAAUUGGUGAUGUACUGGAUGAGAUAAAUGAAAAUAUUAUCAAUGGCGAUAGCAAGGGAAAAUUACGUAAAAUUAUAAAAAAGGGUAGUGGACAACCGAUAAUAUUACAUAUCAUAAAGCAUCGUACCCAAAAAUCCGAUGAAGUUUAUCAACCAAUAGUGCAUCUUAUCAAAAACUCAGGUGUAGAGAGUAUGAAAUCCUUAAUACAGACAUCACAAUUAGAUCAAGUAAAUACUACUAAAAAAAAGGAGAUCUCUAAAUUAGGAAAUAAAACAGUAAGCAGUGGCUUCUUGGUAAAAUAUUGUGGCUCUGUGCAUGUUGGUACAAAAGGUGAUAUUAAACAAAUUGAGAAGGCUAUUUGGCGCUUAAUAAAGUCUGCAGAAAUAAAACAAGUGCCUGUGAGAUUUGAAUGUUUAGAAAUCGGGAUUAAAGUGACUCAAGAGGCAGAUGAUGAGACAAUAUGCAAGCAAAAUUAUAUGGAAAUCUCAUCAUGUGGACGUACUAUCAACAUUCCAGACUAUUUUGCAUUCAUCGCAGGGGAAACAAAUUGUAAUAUGGCAACAAAAUUUGAUGCUUACAUCUUUUAUCACCAAAAGGAAACUGAAGUCCAAGAAAUACUACAGAGUUUGGAACAAGGAUUUCAACGUACCCAUUUUGCAGUAUAAACAAUAUAUAAUAUAUAUUGUUGAAUUUAUUAUAGAUUUAUGGAGAGAGCUAUAGGGGAGGAAAAUAUUCUUACCUUUGUAUUUUCCUUGUGUUGCUUACAUAUAUAAAUAUUAAUGUUACUCUUUAAUCUUCCCAGAGAGGCUCCAUCAAUAUACAAUCACUUAUGUCAUCCGUAUUAUCAGAUAUUAUAAAUAGUCGAAAUUGUACAUAUGUAUUGAAAUAAGUUUUAAAUAGAGACUUGCAGAUGUUG